AUGUUCAGACGCCUGUACCAAACAGCCGGGUACUCCCAGCCAAAUGGCCUAAACAAAGAGUUGAUAUUGGCGGUUCUCAACUCUACUGCAACCAAAAGAGAAGCCCAAAACUACUUAAAAAAAUACGGAAGCGAUAAGAUCCAAAACCACUGUCUGGUAAUGAUCCGAGGGCUGCUGAAGCAAGACAGCAAAGCUUUGUCGUGUUUUGCGGUUACCAUCAAGCGCCUGAAAAUGCUAGGUGUGAAGCCAAUGUUCGUUCUCCAUCCCGGACAGGACGUGGAAGAACAGGCACAAUUGCUAGAUUAUCACCUACACAAGGAAGAUCUAAGAGCUGUAUGCCUUUCAGAAGCUUUGGUGCGGAAUUUUAACGGCUCAUACCAAUCCAUUGUACAAUAUGCCCAGCUGAAAGAUUUGAUACCCAUCAUCAAGCCGCGAAUUUUCGACGAAAAAACAUGCGCUUCCAAACCCACGACUAACGUUCCUGAACUAAUGGGUCAAUUAGUUCGGCAGCUUGACUGCCACAUUGAUAAAGUCGUCAUUAUAAGUGACUUUGGUGGAAUUUCAUCUGGCGAAAGACAAGACAAUGCCCAUGUGUUCAUCAACUUAUCACAGGAGUUCGAAAGCUUGUCCGAUUCUUUAUCGAAAGACAUUAAAGUACUGAAUGCAAAAGUCUCGAACAAUGAAAAAAGCUCGGUUGACGCCAUGCAGUUAAUUCUUGACAUGGAUAAGUUAAAACAAACAUAUACGAGGCAACACGCACAUCUAGAAGAUCUCCAGAUUAUGGAUCGCGUGCUAUCAGAGCUUCCCAUAUCAGCGACUGGAAUUAUUACGGCUCUUUCGGCUGCAUCCAAUCUCUUUAAAAACAACCCUUUAUUGCACAACGUCCUCACUGACCGCUCUCUCAUUUCGUCCUCGCUGCCCCGGUUCAAGAGAGGAAACCAGCUUAGUCACGCUUGGUACGAGCUGCCUGUAGAUAACGAGCCGGUAGUGGACUUAAAGGACGCAGCCCUUAUAACGACAGUUGUUAAAAAGGGUGUUAACAUUAAGGUUUUCGAUUAUAGAACGCUCAACGAGAAAAACUCCAUUGGAUUUCCAGGAAUUUCUAGUUUGCCGACUCCUUCGAAUGAUAAAGUUAAUAUCACAAAGCUGAAAGCCAUAAUAGAUCAAAGUUUUGGACGUAAGUUGGACAUUAAGCAUUAUUUGAAACGCAUCAAUGGCCAAAUAGCAGCUAUUAUCGUCAUCGGAGAUUAUGAAGGUAUUGCUAUCCUAACAUUCGAAGGCCCAGAAGGCGCCAAAUUCCCAUAUCUUGACAAAUUUGCCGUAAUGCCUCACUUGAAGGGAUCUUUAGGAAUUUCAGAUAUAAUGUUCAACUUGAUGUUCCAAAAGUUCCCUAAAGAGCUCGUGUGGAGAAGUAGAUCCGACAACGUGGUCAACAAGUGGUAUUUUCAACGCAGUGUCGGCGUUUUAGAUCUUUCCAUGGAUUUGGGCAAAAAUGACGCGAAGCCUAGCAUAUUCAAAUUGUUCUUUCAUGGCGACAACGACAAGGAGGACCCGUUUUGCGAUUUUGAGAGGCUACAAACAUACUCCAAAUACGUCAGGGACAUCCAGCCCAGUUGGGACACUUAA